AUGAAGCGCCCAUCAAUCGCCAGCGCAGGCUCAGCCCGCCGCUCCUCCGCCAACGACACAAACGCAGACGCCGCCCUCGCCAAAAUGGGCUACAAAGCCGAACUCCCGCGCUCACUCUCCAUGCUCAGCGUCCUCGGCCUCUCCUUCGCCAUCAUGGCCGUCCCCUACGGCCUCUCAACAACCUUUUACAUCACCCUUGUCAACGGCCAGAGCGUAACGAUCAUCUGGGGAUGGGUGUUACUUAGUUUACUCUCGACCGCGAUCGCUGCGUCUCUGGCGGAGAUUUGCUCGGUUUAUCCGACGGCGGGCGGUGUGUAUUACUGGGCGGCGCUGCUGAGUACGCCUCGGUGGGCGCCGAUUGCAAGUUGGGUGACGGGGUGGUUGACGCUGGUGGGGAACUGGACUGUGACGCUGAGUAUUAAUUUUGGGGGUGCGCAGUUGAUUUUGUCGGCGAUUAGUUUGUGGAACGAGGAGUUUGUGGCGAAUGCGUGGCAGACCGUGUUGAUGUUUUGGUGUGUUACGCUUGUGUGUUUUUUGGUCAAUGUGUUUGGGGCCAAGUAUUUGGAUUUUAUUAAUAAGCUUUGUAUUUAUUGGACGGGGGCGAGUAUUUUUAUACUGCUUAUUACGCUGCUUACUAUGGCGAGGGCGGGGAGGAGAAGUGGUGAGUUUGUCUUUGCGAAUUAUGAUGCUAGCGCGAGUGGUUGGCCUACGGGAUGGAGCUUCUUUGUUGGAUUGUUGCAGCCGGCGUAUGUGCUGACGGGCUAUGGCAUGGUGGCUGCGAUGUGUGAAGAGGUUCAGACGCCUGAAAGAGAAGUCCCAAAAGCGAUCGUGCUCAGUGUGGUCGCGGCUGGCAUUACUGGUCUAAUCUACCUGAUUCCAGUCCUCUUCACCCUGCCGGACAUCGAAACAUUAUUGAGCGUGGCCAGCGGACAGCCAAUCGGUUUACUCUUCAAGACCGUCACAGGAAGCGCAGCUGGCGGCUUCGGACUUUUGUUCUUGAUCCUAGGAAUCUGGUUGUUCGCUGGAAUCGGUGCCUUAACAGCUGCAAGCCGAUGCACAUACGCCUUCGCCCGAGAUGGUGCCAUCCCUUUCUCACAGCUAUGGAGCCGAAUUGACAAGAGAUUCGACGUACCCCUCUGGGGUCUAGUCUUAUCCUCGGUGGUCGAUGCCCUCCUCGCACUCAUCUAUUUUGGCUCAACGGCAGCAUUCAACAGUUUCACAGGUGUAGCGACCAUCUGCUUAUCUACUUCCUACGGCUUGCCUAUCCUUGUCUCAGUCAUGCGAGGGCGUAAACACGUCGAGAACGCGUCUUUCUCCCUUGGAAAAUUUGGCUUCAUUAUCAACAUCACAACACUUGUGUGGAUCGCUUUGGCUAUCUUCCUGUUCUGCAUGCCAGUCUCGGUUGCUGGACUGACUCCAACGAACAUGAAUUAUGCGAGCGUGGUGUUUGCGGCUUUUGCUUCGAUAAGUGUUGCUUGGUAUUUCAUCUGGGGACGCAAGAACUUUUCUGGACCAGCGGUGCUCAAGACUUUAAUGACAGAUGGUGAUGUCGGAGUGAUAAAGGGCGAGGCGUUGAACGAUGCGAUCGCGAGGCAGGAGGCAGCAAUGGCAGGAGGACCCGAUGAGGAGAAGAAAUCAGCGCAAGUCACUGGUGCUUGA